CAUGUCCACCGAGCUGCGGAACUGAUGUUGAGAAUCACACGGAAGGAUUUAUCAGCCGGACCCGAGGAGAGGAGCAACAUUUCAUAACCAACGUUUGAAUGAAUUCACCUGAAUUCGCGUUGAAAUGUGGAGGUACAAUGAGAAAAUAACGCGAAACACCACUGUAUCAGAGCUCUGUCGGCGAAAAAUUACAAUUUGAUUACAUGUUUGUAUGUGCUGCUGUAAUUUGAAUCUUUCUGUGUAUAAUAUUAUAACUUAACAUCGUAGAUAUAAAGGUUUAUCAUUGCUGUGUAUGUGUACAAGUAGAUUUUUUGCACUAAAUAAUUUCCCAUUUGUAAAAGUAAAUGUUUAUUAAUCAUUCUAGAUACUGUAUGCAUGAUCUUCAUGUGAUUUCAAAUCUGAACAGAAAUUUUAAUAGAAUUACCUAAAGCAACUGCUGAAUGUGUAAAUAAUAAUAAUAAUAAUAACUGUAUCAAAAAUGUCUGCUUUCUGCGCAAAGCACCUGCUCCAGAACUUCAGGUGCAUUGUGCACAGGGUAUCGAUUCGAAUACCGUCCCGUAGAGUGUUUCUUGUCAAAGGUACUCGUCUUUUAUCUCAAACCCCCAAAGUGGGACUCUUCUGUUGGACUGCAUGUGGCAUCACUUACGCCACAGGCCAGGAAGCCGUCCAUCAGCAGAGAACCACAGAGAGGAAGUCAAUCGCCCGAGUGCAAAUCCACAGGUUAGUAUUCGUCUUGCGUCUGGGACUCCGCGCAUUGGUGCUUUAUCUGAAGUUCAGCCCCCUUCUUCUUCUGUAUCCUCUGACUCUACUAUCACAACGUUGGGCGUCCCACUGGUUGGACGCCCUGCUUUGGGUCACGGAAACAUCUGGACCUACUUUUAUCAAACUGGGCCAGUGGGCCAGCACCAGACGGGACCUCUUCUCGCAGGACUUCUGCGACCGCUUCUCAAGGCUUCAUGUGCAAGUAAAGCCCCAUCCCUGGAUUCACACCAAGCUCUGUCUGAGGAGGGCGUUUGGGGAAGGAUGGAGGCAGAUGUUUGUGUUUGACAGUAAGGAGCCUGUGGGGUCGGGGUGCGUGGCACAGGUGUACCGCGCCAAAGCCAAGGUGGCGAGCGUGGAAGAUCCGGCGUUCCAGCAGCUGGUGGAGGAACUGGAGAAGAAGAAUCUCCUAGAAGCCUGGGAGAUCCCCGGUCUGGGAGGAGCUUUGAGCGACAUCUGGGAGAUGAAUAAAGAUGAGGAGGAGACGGUGGAUAUCAAGACAGAGAGACCUCGUCCAGACGAACACCCUGAGGAAGAGCGUCUGAUUCCUGUGGCAGUUAAGGUUCUUCAUCCAGGAAUCAGGCAGCAGGUCCAGAUCGAUCUGAUCCUAAUGAAAGCUGGAAGUUUAUUCCUCAACUGUUUGCCCGGCGUCAAGUGGCUCAGCCUGCCUGAGAUUGUAGAUGAAUUUGAGAAGCUCAUGACCAAACAGAUCGAUCUUCGGUUUGAGGCCCAGAACAUCGAAAAGUUCCAAAAAAAUUUCAAAGAUCUGGAAUACGUGAAGUUUCCGACACCCCUCAGACCGUUCGUCACAAGGACUGUGUUGGUAGAAACGUAUGAGGAGAGUGAACCCAUCUCAAAGUACAUGAGCGCCGACGUCCCAGCAGGAGUCAAGCAGAGAAUCGCAAGGAUGGGCGUCGACCUUCUUUUGAAAAUGGUGUUUGUGGAUAAUUUCGUCCACGGGGACCUCCAUCCCGGGAACAUCCUGGUGCAGGGUGGGCGAGGAGAGGGUCCCCAGGACAGGGCCACUCUGACGGACCUGUGGGACACUGUGGUGGUCAGCAUGAGACCGACUCCUCCGGCCCUGCAGCUGGUGCUACUGGACGCGGGCAUCGUGGCGCAGCUCAGUGAGGCGGAUCAACGCAACUUCAGAGCCGUGUUCACCGCCGUCGUUCUCAAGCAGGGCGAGCGAGUUGCAGAGCUAAUCCUUCAUCACGCCCGUGCCAAUGAGUGCCAGGAUGUGAUGCGUUUCAAGAAGGAAAUGGCUGAACUAGUGGAUCAUGCGCUCAGUGACACGCUCUCCCUGGGAAAGAUUCAGGUGUCCGAGCUGCUGUCGCGAGUCUUCGGUUUACUGAUCCAUCACAAGGUGAAGUUGGAGAGUAAUUUCGCGUCUAUGGUGUUUGCCAUCAUGGUCCUGGAGGGUUUGGGCAGAUCGCUGGACCCCAACCUGGACAUCCUGGAGAUCGCCAAACCCCUGCUGCUGAAAAACUGCGCCUCAGUCCUCUGAUUCUCAUCCAUCACAUUAACAACAUUUACUGUACCUCACUGUAACAGCCUGCUGCUCAAACAAUGGGAGUCGAUCAGGGAAUUUAACCUCGCACUACAUAUCUGGGAUCAGUUUACAUGUGUCUUGUCCAUGUUCAGGGUUAUGAGGAAAAGUUCAAGCUGUUCCUGGAUCAGUAAUAUAUGCUGUGAUGCUGUACUUAUGGGGCCAGAUUCAGUCUUUUUGAUUCAAUUCUGAAGUUUAUAGACUUUAAGAUGUUAAAUUCAGUGUCAGAUUACAAGGUAAAACAUUAUAUAUAUCCACAUGUUAGGCUGCUUUCACUUUAACUGUGUUUUUAAUUGCAUUAAACCCAAACCUGCUUACAAAA